AGGAUGGGCUACAUGCCUGCAGCCAGCAUGACCCGUCUAAUGCGAUCUCGUUCAGCAUCUGGAUCCAGUGUAGCAUCUAUGGAUGGCAACAGGAGCCGCUCUGCCACCGGUGAGGCCGCCAAGUUUUACAGUCGCCCCAGUUUGGGCCUACAGAACAUAAACAAGAAUGCUAAUGCUAAUGUCGGAGUUGUUGAACACUCUGGCCCUCAGUCUGCAGAGAUUUCCUGUUAAAGCGCAUUCACACCACCUCAAACCACUUGCCAUUCUAUGGGGAUGGCAAAGGACCAAUAAACACACAUGGAAACA